CCUGCCUGCAAAAGUCACUUCCCCCUUUCCUCAAGAGUUAGUCCAUAUUUGUCUCCCUUUAUCUGGGAAAGGAGCAUCCAUGAGACUCCCACAUCAGGAUGGACACUAGCCAACAUCCACACAUGACAGCCAGCCUUAGGGACUCUUAUAUUGAAGUUUAGGUAACCAUCUUUUGUCUAUCUCCUUUCCUGUCCCAAGAUGGAUUUCCUGAAACAAUAAAGGAAUGAAGCCACAACCAAAUGGCAGAGGAAGCCUUUACUUUCCAUCCUUGCUUAGAGGUGCAGGAGGAAUGCAGCCACCAGCUGGACUGGGGCCAGCUGGAGCCAAGGCUGGGAGGUACCCCACCUAUGGCACCCAAGGUCUACCCACAGGACUGGGAGUUCAGAAUGGAUAUGGGGCUGGACGAGUUCAGAAUGGAUAUGGGGGCAAACUGGGGAAGCCAGGUUAUGGAGUCUCAAAUGGAUACGGAGCAGGUUACAGAGAUGUUGGUUAUCCCCGUUUUGGCCUUCCCUUGGGAGGUCUUGGUACAAGAGGCAAGCCUUCCAAAGCAGCAGGGUAUGGGGCUGGACCCAGUGCAGGUGGUUACCCAGCAGUAGGACUACAGCAAGCCUAUCCUGGUGGCAUGGGGGCUGGUGGUUAUCCAAGCAAUGGACUCCAGAAUGGAUAUGGCAAUGGAUAUGGCACCAGAGGCAAUGGUUUUGCUGGCGCUGGACCUCAGCCAGGUGGAUAUGGUAAUGGCAACGGUGCCCAAAUUCCAUACAGCAGUCAAUUAGGAGGGCCUGCUGAGGAUCCCACUGCCACCAAAUAUGGAGGGGCAGGGCAACUCCCAUACAGUGGACAGCCACAACAACCAGAGGCUGCUGGUCUGGGAGGAGACUACAGUGCUGGGAGAUACGGUAACGGAAACGGCCUGGGAUAUAUGAAUGGCGGAGAAGCUAAUGGGCUUGGGGCAGCAGGUGCAUACAGUCCCCUCGCAGCUGGGAAAGCACCAGGAGGGUAUGGUGGUCCACUAGGCCCUGGACAAGCACUGGGAGGCUACGGAGGGAAAGAAUCAAAGUAUGGAAUGAAUGGCUUUCUGGGAAAUGGGUACAGAGUUCGCUGCACUUCUGGAAAAUGCUGAAGAGGCGAGAUUGCUCCAAGGAACGUCCCGCAGCAGGAUUUAGACAUCCCAACAAUCUUUUUGGUGCUAUUUCUGAUGACCAGCAACACCAAAGUUUUCCAGUAUAAAUGAUCAUGCCUUUCUUUUUCAUACUGUAUUAUUUUAUUAUUAGAAAUGUUGCAUUUUAAAAGUGGGAGAGGGAGUUUGCUUUUAGGUUUUAAAACCUCCGUCAGCACUUUUUCUCAAGCUCCUAGGAUGGUAGUGAUCGAGUGCUAUAGAAAUGUGCAAUGCAGAGAUGGAAAUCCUUCCCACUUCCCAUGUGUUUUUAAAAUCCCAGUUCUUUGAAAGUAGUUUAGAGAUUAUUCCCAUCUGUGUAUAUGGCGUCCCAUACCCUUGUGUCUUUUCAAUUAAAAA